AUGGGCACAAAGAAAGCUACCAGGUAACAAACAUCAUGACUGGAGCCGAGGACAGCAGUUUCAUAACAUCAACACCAUCAAAGAAAGAUCGACGAAAAAGUAAAAACAAGGUUUUACGAUUUUUGAGGCGGAGAUGGGUAAUUUAUGGACUAUUAGCCAGUCUCCUAUUAACAUUUGUUAUAGUGGUAAUUUUGGCAGCUAUCCUUGGGAGCAAAGAAGAAAACCACCACGGUCAGCCUAGAAAAAUCACAGUACGAAAGGGAGCAGUUGUAGCUGAUCAUGAAGUGUGUUCCAGAAUUGGAAGGGAUGUUUUAGUAGAUGGUGGUUCUGCUGUCGAUGCUACUGUCGCUACUUUGUUAUGUAACGGUGUCAUGGCACCUCAUAGCAUGGGGAUAGGUGGAGGUUGUUUUAUGGUUAUUUAUGAUGCACAGAACAAGAAAACAUUAGUGAUAGAUGGACGAGAAACGGCACCAUUAAGUUCUUCACAAGAAACAUUUGCCAACGAAUCUGGGCACAUAGGUCCAAAGUUUAUUGCUGUUCCCGGUGAGAUUGCAACAUAUUGGAAAGCACAUCAAAGAUAUGGAAAAUUACCAUGGAAACGAUUAUUCGAACCAUCGAUAAACCUGCUAGAAAAGGGAUUCCACGUUUCUCAUGCCGUAGAACGUGCAAUGAAGCGCGUAAUGGCUACUACCAAUAACAGUGUUUGCGAAAUACGCGGGAUUGGUGAAAUUUUCUGUGAUAAGAUGGGACAAAUUUUACCAGAAGGAAGCUUUGUCCAAUGGCCCAAGUUAGCAGAAACGUACAAACAGCUAGCAGAUGUAGGACCUGACUACAUGUAUAAGGGCAAAUUUGCAGAAACUAUGGCACAGGAAAUAAAAAAAAUAGGUGGAAUAUUUCAAAAAGAAGACUUUGAAUCCUAUUCCGUGAAAGAAAGUUCUGGAAUACACGUUGACCUCGGAGAUAUGAUACUGCUGACCCAUGGCGCCCCUAGUGGAGGACCUGUGAUGGGUCUAACAAUGAAAAUACUUGAAGGCAUGGGAAUCAACGAAGACAAUUUGAAAGAUACACCAUCAAAAGCGUUAGCGUAUCAUAAAAUGAUAGAAGCAAUCAAAUUGUCAUAUGGUGAAAGAUUUAAACUUGGUGAUGAAGACUUUGUAGAUGGAGUGAAAGAGCUUGUAGAAAAGAUGAUAUCUGAAGAAUUCGCUGCAUCCUUACGUGGAAAAAUAGAUUUUAAUAAAACACAUGAUAUUGAAUACUAUUCAAAUGCGACUGAAGCAGCACAUGAUGAAGGCACUGCGCACGUCAGCGUUUUGAGUCCGGAUGGGGAUGCUGUAUCCGUAACAAGCACAGUUAAUACAUAUUUCGGAUCUUUAACGGUUUCGGAGUCCACUGGAAUAAUAUGGAACAACGAGAUGGCAGAUUUCUCUUUGUUUGAUGACAGCAAUCUCUUCGGACUGAAGGCAACAGUUCCAAAUAAAGUUCAAGCAGGAAAACGACCUCUGUCUUCCAUGGCGCCAGCCAUUUUUGUUGACAAGAAAACCGGAAGUGUAAGAAUGAUUAUCGGAAAUGCAGGAGGAUCUCGAAUAACAACAACAAAUAUACAGAUAGCCGUUAGAAAUUUAUGGAUGGGACAGGACAUAGAGGAUGCAGUCCGGGAAAAGCGACUUCAUCAUCAACUUGACCCUAAUUUUUUAGUCUAUGAGUUUGGAUAUCCACAGGACGUUUUAGAAGUUUUGAAGACGUUUGGUCAUGAGUUGAAGAUAAAAGACACUUUCAUGUCGGUUGUUCAAGCUGUAUCGAGAAACAUGCUCACAGGAGAGAUAAAUGGGUUUUCUGAUGAAAGAAAAUUUCCGGGAAAAGCAAUGUUUUACACUACGGAAGAAGAUGUUUAUAUGUGAUACUGGCUGCUUAUUACAUGAAAUGCAACAUGCGUAAAACAAUAUCUUAGUGUUGAGAUAAUCUUUAGUCCCAGAACAAUAAAGUGUAUCCAGCAACUGUUGUUGAAUUCAGGGACGUUUAAUGCUGGUACCAUGAGUUAGGUUUAUAAUGAACUUGCAUUAUUUUGAUAAAAAAUGUUGUAAAUUG